UGGGCUCAUUACGGUCUAUAUAAAAGCCGAACUACCAGUUGGCGAAUACAUUCUCUCAUAAACCCUUAGUCUUAGAAAGUAGGAUUACAUUACAGUGCUUCAUUUAAUCUAUCCAAAGCUAUAAACUUAAUUAAGAAUGACUGCUUUUUAUGAAUCAUAUUUACCAAGCUUUGACUUCAGCAAAUCAAUUCAGUCAAAUUAUUUAAUUGAAAAAGAUGAACCAGAUCGCAUCCCACUGCCAAGUUUCAAACCUGAAACUUUCACAACAGAUUUUGUCACUCAGCCCAACCAUUAUGUCAAAGCGAUUGAGACUGAUUCAACAGUUAACUCUGGAGCCAUCCCCAAAUCAAAACACUCAUCAUGUAAGACUAAAAACGUCUCCUGGUCUUCUGAGCUGACCACUUUAAUGCCAACUGUCAAUGUUGCAGAAGAGUGUCACCAGCUCAUUCAGGCUAUAAGGAAGGAGAGCGACUUCGUUCAGAAACCAUCAUUACAGGCUGUGAAGUGGAUGGUUGAUGACAGCUACAACACAGACUGUACAACUCUGACAACCAACAUCGAGCUCAUUGCUAUUUUACUUCACAUAAAACUUCAACGUUUUCCAACAGUCAAAGAAAUUAUGGACAUGAUUGAGAAUAAUGUAGAGCUUAACGAAGACAAUUUAAUACAUUCCAUAUUAAAACUGUGUCAGAGCUCAGGUAUUUCAGCUUUAAAAUCAAUUCUAGCAUCAUUUCACAAUGCAGAUUCCCCACAAGACCAUACUUCCCCAGAAGACCAUACUUCCCCAGACUCCACACAAGACCAUACUUUCCCAGAUUCCACAAAAGACCAUACUUUACCAGAUUCCACACAAGACCAUACUUCUCUACCAGCAGUUUCGGUUAAUUUAGAGAGUGAUUCUUGUGUACAGGACAGUUCAACAGUAAAUUUUGCCCCUGUAAUGUCCAUCCAGGACGAUGUGAACAUUAGUCAAGAGAAGCAGCAGACAAUUUCGCCCGAAGAUCACAAAAAUAUUCUGAAGUUGCACGCAUUGAAAAGGGAGCAGAAUUACCUCAAAAAUUCAUUGACAUGUUUAAUCUGCAAGGAGAGGCAAAUUGACACUAUGCUGUUACCAUGUGGUCAUGUGGUGCUGUGCUCUGUUUGUUCAGAAUCCUGCUACUCAUGUCCAGUAUGCAAGAAAACUGCACUUGCUGAAGUGAAAACAUACCUCAGCUAAAGACUGAUCUCAGCCCCCCCAUAACUGAGAACAGCGAUGUCAAAAGCCUUGACGUCAAUUAUAAAUCACUCAGGCUUCCCAAUAUAGGAGCAUGAAGUCUUUAUACGACAACACCAGGCCUAGCUCCAUCACAAGCCUUGAUGUCACCUAAUUUUAAAACGGGCUCCCCAAGAGCGGAGCAUUGAGUCUUUUUGUGACAAGACCAGAGCUAACUCCAACAGAGCAACAGAAAUGGAUGAAUGUAUUACAAAGAUGUAAUAUAAAUAUUAAUUAGCUAUUACCCUUAUAGUUAAUUAAAAUGUUAACUUCCAUUAUAAAGAGUUAACUGGAAAUAUGAAUUCAAUGUUACAACAAUUCAGUAACACCUUAUUUCAUUUAUAUUAUUCUUUUAUUAUUAUAUUGAGACCAUUAUACUACAUCUUUAGAACUGGUCACUUUUUGAUAAAUGUUACAAUGCAGUUACACCUUAUUUAAUUUAUAAUGUUCUUUAAUUGGCAUAUAAAGAAUUAUAUAUGGAGAGCAUUUUGCUAACAUCUUCAGUACUGGUCACUUUAGUGAUAAAUUCAAUAUCUGGUUGUGAUCCCAUUGUUAAAUUACACUUUCUAAAUUUCAUAACUGAAUCAAUAACUCUUCUUGCAGACCCAUGGAACUCUUUCGCUUGGGAUUUUAACAAAAUCUGUUCCAAGUUAUCUAUCUUUAUUCCUCCACCUACAAGAAAAUACAUUUAAAAACAAAUGUAACAAUGUUAAUAACAACAAUGUUAAUUACCUCCAGUAUUAUUAUUUAUUAUAAAUAAAAUAUUUUAAUAAUUUAAUAAAAAUGAUUUCUUCA